CCGUCGUGUCCAUCAUGAGAACUAGGUCGAAAGAGUAGUCAAUGUCUAAUUUUUGGACUAUUUCAAUCUUUCUUGAUUUAAAGAAUCAUAUUAGCAAUGCAAAACUUUGCAAAAUCUCGCUGAUUAUGAGAUUUAUUUUAUAACAGUAAGCAACGUGUAACCUUGGUGAAAGAAAUAAUCAAAGGUGCAAACAUAUGGCAGAGAAAAGCUAAGAUGGCUGAUAAACAUAGUUUGAACUAUGAUGUAAGGGAGCUGAAAUUAGGCACCAGCUUCACCAACAAUAAGACAUCUCAAUAUCAUACUAUUAAGUAUGAUUUCAAACCGGCUUCGGUGGAUGUCAAUAAAAUGGCAACAGUUGACGUUGGGACUAAUAACCAAGUAACCGUAACUGUACCACAUUUAGAUGGUGCGGGAGUCCCACAGACAGUAUUUAAAGGAAGUCAACGACCCUAUACAAAAGAAUGUGUCUUGAUAAUAGAUCGAGUUACGGGAGAGAUUACUCUCGAAAAGCUGUCAAGUAACAUUCAAGUAAAAAAAACAAGACAAGAAUCCAGCCAAAAGCAACGACCCUUGACUCCAGUGACAACAGAAUUUACAAAUACGACUCAAAGGUCGACGUCUCGCACCCGCGUCGCCACCAACAGACGCACUAACAAUAACACGGGUACAGGUCCAAGCGGUGUUCAAAACACUCAGAAUCGGUUUAACCACGCAGCGCCGAAAACACAGAACAUGGUCAGGUCCCCUCCGCGAGUCAAAACGUCUCCGCCGCAAGCUCCAUGGUCUGCCGGUGGAAAUAGCACUCUUGCUUCUCUGCCCAUGAUAGGGUUUGACGAAGCGCCAGCGCGUUCUUCGCCCCCGCAUGCGCCACCUCACGUGCCCACACAUGCACAUGCGCAGCAGCAUGUGCCUGCACAUGCGCAAUCUCACGUGCCCCCACAUGCGCAUAUGCCACAACACGCGCCAACGCAUGUGGCUGCGCAUGUCCCUCCAGUGACCCGUCACGUCCCGCCUCCCGCGCAACUUCCGCAACCUCCCUCCGCCGUGUCGCGGCAAGACGACAGUUCAUCUAGUUCGUCUAGUGACAGCGACAGCGAUAGCGGUAGCGGCAGCGACAGCGACGACAACGACUCCAGUGCCCACCACUCGCUCACCAACGGGGCGACGGACGCGGGGAGCGGGGCGGGCGGCGGGGCGGCGCUGCCCAGCGAUGUGCUCAACGACGACCUGUGCCUGUCAGAGUCGGGCAGCGACUCCGACUGACACCGACGGACACACUCUCCAUUUGAGAACUAUUCGAUUUAGUGAUUAAAGCUUGCUCUUCACUGAGGAAUUUAAUAUAUAUUUUGUCCCGUGAUAUAAAUUGCACACAUUUUCGAUGAGCAUCGUGUCAACGCCGUUACUGUAGAAACUCAGGACAAGACGGGUGUGUGAGGGUGUGAGGGAAUGUUAAUAUGACCUCGAAAAUUUUCCUCGAUCGAUCGUUAUAUAUUAUUAUCUCAUAAUAGAUUACAUUCGAAUCAUAAGUUGUCUGCAUAUGACGGUGCAGAAUGUGGUCCACGUGUUUUACAAUGUCAGUGUCUUUAAGCGAGGGCCUUACUAAGGUAAAAUAAAAAAAUAUAUACAUUUAAGUGUAAAAAAAAUACGAUGAGCAAUAUAAAUUUAUAUCCCAGGAUGUAAUAUAUAUACCAUAGUGAAAAGCGGGCUUAAUAAAAAACUUGGCAAGUGUCUUGAUCAUAUGUCUGCUAUCUUAACUCGUGUGUGAUAUAGUCGUUCCAUACUCAAUAACUUCGCAACAUAACCUCGUCCGUUUCACAAUAUAAAUGAUAUCAAAAUUUAAUACAGUUAAUUAUCCUGUAAAAGUCCUGUAAUAACAAUAAGAAAAUAUAUUUACAAAACUGAUGUCCAAUUAAAAUGUUUCCUAAAUUUAUAUUUACUAAUGUUUUUACCAAUACUGGUUGAAACUAGAUUUGUGAGUGCAAGUCGCAUUUGCCCGUGACUUUAAAUUAUUGUGUAUAGACAAAACAUUCUAUAAACUUUUUUUUUUUUAAAUGAAUAGGUAUGAGAAUAAAUGAACGCUAUUUUUUUUAAAUACAUAUUCGACUCUUGCCAUGUUUUAAUAAAACAUUGGAUUCGAUUUUAUAUUGCCAUAAAUAAUUAUAUAAAUAAAAAAUUAUCAUUUUUAAACGUCAAUUGAAAAUCGGAUUCAAUGCAAACAUGGUCUCAAUGACACUGUUUAAAUGUGUUAUAAACGACGUGGUCAUUUGUAAGUUUGCUGUAUAUAUUAUAAAAUAUUUUCAUUUCAAUCGAAUUUAUAUUUAACAUAAGACGAAUUAAAAGAAAACAACUCAUCAAAGACAAUUGAAAAUAAAACAGUAUGUAAAUAUUUCAAUGUAAUUUUCGAAUACAUCUCUAGUAUUCGAACUAACGUAACAUUUAUGAGACCCGAUAAUGCCAUUAAAUUUUUUCGUUAGAAAUUAAAAAAGGCCGGGAAUAGCUGCUAGUGUUGUAAUCUAAUCUAGUUGUAUAAUCGAUUUCUGAAUAUAUCGAUAAACUUAUCAAAUUUAAGUUAAACUUACAAAUGUAAACGAUAUACAAUUACUUAAGAUAGUUAAGUGUGUAUCAUAAUGAAAAUGUUAUUGUGCCUCAAGUGAAAUAUAAGAUAUAUUUUUAUUUUAUGCUAAUUUUUUAACUAGCGUUAAGAUUAUAUUGCGUUUGGUGGACACUGAACGAUAUUAUACGUUAGUUUUACGAGUCCGCAAUAAAUUAUUAUAC